CAAGCACCGGGAUCGAAGAUCCACUGGGCGGCGAGGCGGUCAUCUCCGUUCGCAUGCUGGGCCCCGCCACGCCGGAAGGAGUGCGAGGUCAGGUCAGGGGUGGCUCCUGCCGGCUCGGCGACGCGCUUGAGCAUCCUGUUCACGUACGCCUGCACGCUGUCUUCGCCGCGC